AUGAUCGUUCAGCGGCGACGACAGGCUGCGAAAGCCAAAGAACUAGGCUGCCAGGACUCACCAGUAUACCCCAACGGCGGCUUCCUAGGCCUAAACCACGUUAAGCAAAUGCAAGAAGCCGACAAACGCCAACAAUUCCCGGACAUGUUGGUCGACCGCCAGAACGACAUGAGCCGGAUCACUGGCCGAGAAUGCGCAACGUUCAAGCAGUACAUGCUCGGGCAGGAGAUGUACUUUACCAGCGACCCAAAGAACAUCCAGGCCCUGCUCGCUGUCAAGUUUGAUGACUUUGGCUUGGGACCUGCGAGGAGAGGGAAUAUGAUUGCGACGCUUGGUGAUGGUAUCUUUGUUCAGGACGGCAAGGCGUGGUCGCAUUCCCGUGCGAUGCUUAGGCCCAACUUCGUCCGCGACCAAGUCUCCGACCUCGAGCUUGAAGAACGCCACGUCCAGGACAUGUUCAAGGUCAUCCCUAUUGACAAAGAAUCUGGUUGGACUCCCGACGUCGAGAUCCAGACCUUAUUUUUCAGGCUCACGAUUGAUUCCGCAUGCGAGUUUCUCUUCGGCGAGAGCGUGGACAGCCAGUUGAAGGAGGCCGGUCUUCUCCCACACGAUGGUGAGGAGCGCAUCGACUUUGCCAAACAUUUUGACCGCGCACUGUUGCACCUUGCUAAACGCUUCCGUUUCGCUGACCAGUAUUGGCUGCACAAUCCGAAGGAGUUCCGCGAGGAUAACAAGAUGGUGAACCGCUUCGCCAAACACUUCGUCGACCUAGCACUCAAGAAAGAUCCCAAAGACAGCAAAGCCGAAAAGGGUCAAGGCAAGGAGAAAUAUGUCUUCCUCGAAGCACUAGCAGAACAGACCAGAGAUCCGGAGGAACUACGUGCUCAGCUCCUCAACAUCCUCCUCGCCGGCCGCGACACCACUGCCUCCCUGCUCUCCUGGCUGUUCCACCAACUCCUCCGCAACCCGCACAUCUUCACCAAGCUGCGCGAAACCGUUGUUGAUACAUUUGGCACUUACGACGAUCCGCGCGAUAUCACGUUCGCUACGCUCAAGGACUGUCAGUACCUGCAGAACUGCCUGAACGAGACGUUGCGUCUUUGGACAGUCGUUCCCGGUAAUGCGAGACGGGCGAAUAAGGACACCGUACUGCCUAGAGGCGGCGGACCAGACGGCGAAAGCCCCAUCUUCAUCAAAAAAGACGUCGAAGUCAACUACUCCAUCCACGUCAUGCACCGCCGCAAGGACAUCUGGGGCGAGGACGCCGAGGAAUUCAAGCCUGAGCGUUUCGUCGGUCGCAAAGCCGGGUGGGAGUACCUGCCCUUCAACGGCGGACCGCGCAUCUGCAUCGGUCAGCAGUUCGCUUUGACGGAGGCGUCGUAUGUGGUCGUGAGACUGCUGCAGAAGUUCGAUAAGAUCGAGGCUGGGGAGCAUGAGCUCGAGGGGCCGGUGCGGUCGGGGUUGAAUCUGACGAAUGCGCCGGCGAAGAAAGUUACGUUGAAGUUGCAUGAGGCGUCGAGGUAA